AAAAGUUAGGGUUUGAAUCUUCUUCUUCCUCUUCCACCAUGGAUACAUAUAGUAAUUGGGAGUCCGUAGAGAUUACUACAACAGCAAUGAUCCUACCACAAGAUCAAGGGUUUAGAAACACCGUGUUCGUCAAUCUACACGAUGUGGUCAACGAGUUAGCUGAAGAUCAAAACGGUGUCGUAAUAUGUCUGGGAACGUUCGCGGCUCCACUUAUGACUAAAAUCGAAUUGAAACCAUCAUGCCUCAGUUCACACCACAUCUAUCAAGACCUUGACAAGUUCAUCACACAUACUGAGUUUUGUCGAUUGUUGAGCGAAAGGAUCGUUUUGGAUUGUGCUCAUAUUCCCCAACCUUUUAGCGUGUCCUUUUACGUGAGAGUGACAAGAGAUGUUAUGUUACCGUCUAUUGUUGUUCGGUCGAGAGAUAUGUUUCAAAGAUUGCUUGAGGAACAAACAAUGGAAUUGACUAAUUUGGGAGAUGAAGAAGAAACCACUUGUUCGAUUUGUAUGGAGGACUUUUCAGAGAGUCAUGAUGAUAACAUCAUUCUGUUGCCUGACUGUUUCCAUCUGUUCCAUCAAAGUUGUAUCUUUAAGUGGCUUAAGCGUCAGAGGUCGUGUCCUUUGUGUCGACGUGUACCGUACGAGGAAGAUCUUGAAACAGAGUGAAGCCGUCUCAGAGUCUUGAAGGUAGCCUUAGGGUUUAUUAUGCAUUACUUUUUCUAUGUUUCAGACAUUUGCUUUUGAUGAAUUAUUUGUAUGCAAUUGGUAACUUUUGGUACGAAACCUAAUCUUUUUUGUUAAUCCCGA